UUCUGCAGUUUGAUGUUUUACCAAAACAAAUACAUAGUUCCUUCUUGAAUAGUCAGUACUAUGCCAAACUGUACGAAGGAAACUUAGUGUGACGUCAACAUAUUAAGUGUAUAUCCUCUACUCUUCAAAUGGCCUCCUUGAUUUACCCCUUGUGUAAUGGGGGAAACAGGCGGUGGACUCAAAUGACACAGGUUUCAAUUCUUCAGACCCCCACUAAAUAUACUGCACUACUCUCUCCAGUGUGCAUCGACAGCCCCUCUCCUCCACCUAUUGGCUAACACGCCUGUAUUGAUUUCUAUCUGACCGGUCCGCUGGCUGGUUAAACCAAUCCCUCCCUUCCCACUGAAGCUCUGGCGUUCGAGUGGGAGCACUUACAAAACAAUGGUCUUAAGGAAAUCAGACGCUUCAGCUACAACAAACAAGCAGUUAGUAAACUUCUUAGCAUGACGAAAUGAGGGAGGAUGGAGAGGUGGAGGGACAGAGAGAUGGAGGGAGAGAGACUCCCCACCUUUAUCAGAGGGACAGGAGAGCCAGAUUAGAGAAGAACAUGUGACAAAAAAGGACAGGUUAUCCCCCUUUCCAAAGGACAGGUUAUCCCCCUUUCCAAAGGACAGGUUAUCCCCCUUUCCAAAGGACAGGUUAUCCCCCUUUCCAAAGGACAGGUUAUCCCCCUUUCCAAAGGACAGGUUAUCCCCCUUUCCAAAGGACAGGUUAUCCCCCUUUCCAAAGGACAGGUUAUCCCCCUUUCCAAAACCUAUGAUUCUAUCCAAGAUUAAAGGUGGAAGGUGUUAAAAAAUCUCAACAACCAGCUGUUGUGAACCAUGAUAGGUUUAAUUUUUGUAAAUGAUUAAAAUGAUCAAAUAAUACAUUAUUGACAAAUUCUGCAGACAAAACUGAACACUAUUAAUAUUAAUACUCCUAUAGGAAUGACGUCUUAUACUCUAACAAGAACCAUAAUAUUCAAUAUUCUCUUUCUCCUAUGAACUGUACUGCCCGAUGGCCGUUCUACAACUGUUUUGUGUUAACCUGCUGCUGGAAACCAAGGGGGUGAGUAGUGGUAUUUUUACAUGGUCCAUGUGCCUCCUUUCUGUACUGAUCAAACAUGUUGCUGCUGGCUUACAGCUAAAACAAAACAUCCCCAAUACUUUUAUUUCAAUUAGCUAAGCAUUGAUAAUUCAUAGUGCUCUUUCAUAGUGCUCUGGCAGUGUCAAAGAUUGGACAAAGGUUGGGUGUCUCGCUGUUCUUUAAAACAGGAAGAACAUUUAUUCAGAAGUCUACUAAAUGGGAUUCACACCAACAUCCAAUUUCUGACAUGUAUCAACUUUUAAGGUAUGACCCAGGUGCAGACAGUGUUGAAGAAACUGAAGUUUAUUCUUUAUACAGGGGCAGGCAAAUGACAGGUCAAGGCAGGCAGGGGUCAAGGCAGGCAGAACAGGCAGAACCGGGAAACUAGAAAACAGGAGUAAGGAACAGGCGGGAGCAGGGAAACAAAACGCUGGUAGGUUCUACGAACAAACAAACUGGCAACAGACAAACAGAGUACACAGGUAUUAAUACACAGGGGAUAAUGGGGAAGAUAGGUGACACCUGGAGGGGAGUGGAGACAAGCACAAAGAAAGUUGAAACAAAUCAGGGCAUGACAGCAUAUGUUUAUCUACAAAACAAACAAAAAGCUGAAAUUGUUUUGCAAGGCACAAAAACACACCACCCUACAUUCUGACAUGCCUUGGUUCUCCCUAUCACCCUACAGUCAAACACACACACACACACACACACACACACACACACACACACACACACACACACACACACACUGUAUUGUCCUACAGGGCUGGUUAUUUUUUAUCAAGCCUUUCUUCAGGCGUCUGAGGUUUUGUUUAGUAUUACGGUCAGUCAGUGUAAUGGGCCAGAGAAUCCAAAUGACUGUAUCCACUGAGUUUAGCUCACUCUGUAGUCAUGGGCUAGGUCCCAAAUGACACCGUAUUCCCUAUAUAAUGCACUACUUUUCAUCAGGGCCCAUAGAGCUACUUAAGAGACUAGGGUGCCAUUUGGGAUGCAGACAUGACGCCGGAGCCCAGAUGAUCAUGGUGUGUAAUGAUAUUGUAAUUGAAUGGUAAUUAAAAGUUGAAAAAACACACAGCUUUCACUGCCUGAAGGCAGAUUUAUACCACUAUACUGUCCUCACCAGAUGAGAGCUACUGAUCGUUUUUUCGUAGAAUGAAACAAUUCCAUGAACUUUGCAGUGUUUUUUAAAUUUUAUGUAGGUUUUUUGUUUGAACAUUUGGUGUGUUUAAACACAGAAUUUCACUGCCACUGUCAUUUGUACAGAAAUGCAGCAUUACUUUGGUUUAGUUGAACCCCAACCAAUACUUUCUCUCUAACUGGCUCCACACCAGUAUGCUACAACACAAAGGCAUUAUUUCACUUGCUAUGAAAACUUUGUUGAGGUAUGUCUGUUGAGAAUGUUUCAACCAGCAGAGCAUAUGGUAGCCUAUUGCCACAGUCCGGCUUUGAAAGGCAACUGCUGAAGCCAGAGCAGGAAUUUCACACAGCGUUGAGUGAGACUGCAUAAACAAGCGCUAAGCUGUCUAUUGAAAGGCUCCAAAGCAAAAGACCUCGUCCAUAUGGCCUCUCCUACAACUCUCCCUCCUUCAGUCAGUUUGUAUAGCCCCCCCCGAUAUCAGCUCCAUGGGCCCCACCAUGCAGAAGUAACAACAUCAAUGGUGUAAACCCUUGCCACUUGAGAUUAUUACAUUUCUUUUUAUGCUUCACUUGAUCAAAAUGGAAGAAGUGGAAUUUACGCCUUUUUGAUGUUCUUUUUCCUGCUGCUUUCAGCGAGGCAUUGGGAACUGGUUUUGUUGUUCGUCCCUGUACCAGAAUACCACCCACUAAAGGGCCACAGAUGCCAAUCUGAUGGUAGCAGACGGUCGGAUGGCAGUUACCAGUUUGAACAGGGUCACUGUUGUCAAACUGUCCCAUGAUGCAUGGCAGAUACCUCCCAGAAGGCUUCUCUCUCUAUUCAUGGGCCGGAUUUAAAACACCCUGUUUUAAAGAAAGGUUGUACCUUACGGCCACAGUAAAUCUAAUGCAAUUUAUGGUGUGCCAUAAUGCUAACUAACAUGGGACAUUUUGUAAACAGUAGGUACUGGUUUAAACACAAUAUGAUACUGUUCGAUUGUAUUGUAUUCAGCAACUAUGUGCAUCAUUACUAAUCCUAUAAGUGUAACCGCAAAACAUUUAUUUCAUUUUUUAUUAUUUUUUUUAAAUCGUUGAUGUAAAGUGGACAGUCAUACUGGUCACAGUUGCUCAUCAUAACAUGGAGAGUGACAGUAGCUCCAGACCUGGAUGGAGAAGCGUUUUUUUUAAUCAGUUUGUGUCUGGAGCGUUGGGGAGGCCAAACAGUCUGACGGAGUGACGGAAGAACCCCAACAGGCAUCACAGAGCUCGGUUAGCACCUUGUAAUGAAACCAGGCCUGGGUAAAGCAGCUUGGCAGCAUCCCGCCUCGACGCGCGCAGUGGUCAGUCUACAUUAACACACACACACACACGCAUGCAUGCGCUCCCCACACACACACUUAAAGGGGGCUGCUGCAGGCACCCAAAAAUAACUCCCGUUAGCUAUCCCGCAGACAGACAUUCCCCCCCCCCCCUCCUCCCAGCCAUUGGUUUCUGCUAGAUUUCCGCGCUCUCGGUUGUUGGCUGAAUGAUAUAUAUUGGCGAGAGAUAAUUAAACGCUUGGAAACCAGUGGGAAACACUGUUCUAUUUGUUUCAUCUAAUCUACUGUACCGCAACAUGGUAGUGACAGUGUAGUGACAGUGUGAGGUUGGUAGGGAGCGGGACGGGGUAGGAAAGGCCAGGGUUGAUGCUGUGUGUCCUUAUGAAAGGGAUGGGGUGGAAAGGCCAGGGUUGAUGCUGUGUGUCCUUAUGAAAGGGAUGGGGUGGAAAGAGUUUUAACCAUCUCAGUGUUACAAGAUACAAAGAAUCAGUUCAGAAGGACAAGAAGAUUACUGUUACUAUAGUUCCCUGCAUUCUCUAUGGGGACUAUCUUAAUCUUAAAAGGAAGAUUACGGGGAACUCUUGUUGAUUGAAGGGUUUAGUUUGAACCCAUGCCAAAUCUGAACAGAAUAGGACCAAAGGUGUCAAUGAAUGGACAUGUCAGAGAGUGAACCCAUCAAAGCAUGCCUCUCCUCUCACCUCUCUCUACUUUGAUGUGCUUCGACUGGGAAUGUGGACGGAGGGGAAUAGCUAGCGUCCCGGCUCUACAUCAAUACGUCCACGCGGACAAUAAGAAUAGCUGCUCUGGAGAAAGGCAGAACAGGGAUGGAAUCCGGACAUAAUACAAAGGGAUACACAGUUUACGGCGCUUCACUGGGCAACCAAGCAAGGCUGCGUGGAGGCUGUGGACAUGAUGGCUCGCACCGGCGUGGACGUCAACAUCAGAUCGGGGGGCUAUACAGCGCUUCACCUGGCCUCUAUACACGGACACCAGCACGUCAUCCAGCUCCUGAUCAACAUCUACAAUGCCAGAACUAACAUCAGGGACUACCAUGGGAAGCUUGCAGCCCAUUACUGGAGUGGCAAUGCUGAUGUGUUCAACAAACCAGGCUCGCAGUCAUGUGGGAAAUGGUCAUCAAAAGGAGGAAGAAAGGCCCAGCGCUACACCAACCUACCCUCUCUGCUCCUCUCUCGCUCGCGGAGCCAGGGGAACCUCAACAACCUGGAGUUUGGGACUGCGCCUCAGACCCCACGGCCCCCCCGCUCCCCAUCCAGUAUAGACUUCCACAGCUUUCAAUCCCCACAGCUCUAUGGAGAUCAUUUCUGAUUAAAGAUAGAUAAUAAUUGUUUUAUUUUGCAUCCCAAAUGGCACCCUAUUCCCUAUAUAGUGCAUAUAUAUAUAUAU